CAUGGCCCUGCGAUGGACAUUGCUCCUGCUCCUCACACCUCUGCUGGCAGUAGAGGAGCAGGAAGAGCCGGACCCCAACAACUCCGGAGAACCUCAGGAAACAGAAAUGUGCCAAAGGCCCCAGUGGGACUCAGGACUCCAGCUGGCACCAGACCAGGACAAUUACAAGAAGAACGAAGAAGUGAUGCUGAGCUGCCCUGAGGGUUUCCAGCCGUCCUUCACCAAAAUCAAAUGUUCGAGUGAAGUUCAGUCCAUCAGUCAUAGGAAACCUGUAUACAGAGAAGUUUGGCGUGGAAGGGACAGCAGAGGUGGCUGGGUCCGCAUUCGGUCCAACGUGGAGUGCAUUGAGGUCCUCCAGGUUGUCCCCGGGACCUUGGAGAUUUCCAGCACCAGCAUCAAACUGAACUGGACCUGCAGGCUCCCUGACGCCUGCCAGCGCAUGCGGGCCACGUGCCGUCUGGCAGGGCCUUCCUCCCCUCCCUGUGAGGCUGAAGAGGUGAAAGGAGAGGAGACGCUACACGGCCAGAAGGGAACAUUCACCUGUCCCCCUCUGCAGCCCUUCACUGACUACAGUGUCACCAUCUCCCUGCCGCCCAGCACGGUCCUGUACACACGGCUCCUCAGGACAAAGGAAACAGUGCCGGACAAACCAAAGAAGCUGUGGCUGGAUCCCAGCACGGGGUCCCUCCGGUGGAAGCUGCUGCCCUCCUGCAAAGGGGAGAUCAUCGGAUACCAGUUGAACAUCACGACGAGGAGCGCACGGGAUGGCAGCUUCCUGGAGAUGGAGCGGCUGCGGCUGAACAGCUCCGUCACUGAGUACCCGCUGCCUGAGCACAGCCCCGGCAGCAGCUACGCAGAGAAGUUCACCUGCGUGUGCUACAGCUUCUCUGUUGAUGUGUGCAAGCUGAACACACGGAUCCCGGUAGAUGAACUGCUGGAGGCUCUGAAGAGAUUUAAGAGGGCAGAAAUAGAGGCAGAGCAGACAGAGGACGAAUCAGUCGACAGGCAUGGUGCUGGUCGUCUGAGAGAGUAUGAGCAACUGUCCUCCACUUUGUUGCAUCCCUGUGACGCUGGGAAGGAGCUGUGUAAUCAGAGCAAGAACCGCUACAAGAGCAUCAUCCCAUACGAUCACUGCCGUGUGGUGCUGCAGCCCUCUGACAUGGGGAAUGGCUACAUCAAUGCCAGUUACAUGGAUAGCUACCGGAGUCCACACUUCUUCAUUGCAGCUCAAGGCCCAUUGCCUGGGACGGUGGUGGAUUUCUGGCAGAUGGUCUGGCAGGAGAAGACCUCGGUCAUUGUGAUGCUGACGAGCUUAGUGGAGCAGAACAAGACCAAGUGCGAGCAGUAUUGGCCAGAGCAGGAGCAGGUCUACGGGGACUUCACCGUGACACUCAGCAACACCAGGACCACCACGGGCCUUGUCACACGCAUAUUCUGCCUGCAGAAGGCAGGCUGUGCUCUCCCAAGAGUGGUGGAGCAGUUUCACUACCUGCUGUGGCCAGACCACGGCGUCCCCAGAAACCCUGCCCAGCUCCUGUGCUUAGUGGAGGUGGUGAACAAGAGGGUGUUGGAAGCGCCUGCUGGACCUGUGCUGGUACACUGCAGUGCAGGGAUCGGGCGGACAGGUACCUUCAUUGCCCUGGACUUCCUCCUGAAGAUGGGGAAGGCCGAGGGGGAGGUGGAUGUGUUUCACUGCGUGCAGAGGCUGCGGGAGCAGCGGGUCAGCAUGGUGCAGACCAAGAGCAGGAGUCUGGUCUGA